UACAAGGUUCACCACAAGCCCUUAUUGCCUCCACUCUCAACAUGUCUUUCACGCUUCUGGUCUCAUGGUCGUUAAUUGUGGUUGCUCUGUAUGUUCUCAACGAGCUGGUUUUGAAACGCAGGACAAAAAGACUACCCCUGCCUCCAGGCCCCAAGGGCUUACCUCUGGUUGGCAAUGUCAAAGACUUACCACCAUCCGGCGAAAAGGAGUAUCUCCACUGGCUCAAGUUCAAAGAUGCGUACGGUCCGAUCACCUCGCUCACAGUCCUCGGGCAGACUAUAGUCAUCAUCCACGACAGAAACAUAGCUUCUGAACUUAUGGACAAACGAGCAUCGAUUCACUCUGGAAGGCCAGUCAUGCCUUUCGGGAACUCGUGCGGUUGGGAGGGCGUCAUGGGGGCUCAGCAAAAUAACGCUUCAUUUAGAGGGCAGCGGAAGCACGUCUUUCAACAGGUUGGAACGAAGAACUUGGUGUCAAAGUACUGGUCACUUCAAGAAGGUGUCGUCGGACGAUUUCUGUGGCGAGCGAACGAAGACAAUGGUCGGAACCUGCUUCAAAAUUUGCAAACAGAAGCAGCCGAGUUAAUCUUGAAAGCGACGUAUGGAUACACUACCGAGCCUCAUAGCGCCGACCCUCUCGUCGAUCUGGUCGAUGAAGUUAUGGAACAAUUCUCCCAAGCAUUUGUUCCAGGCAAGUGGGCAGUGGACCUUAUACCAGCCUUGCAGUACCUACCAGAGUGGUUUCCGGGUACAGGUUGGAAGCAGACCGCAAAGCUAUGGAAGCAGACCAUGAUCGAUGUGAUCAACAUCCCCUUCGAAUACGCCAAACUUCCACAAGACAAUAACGAUGAGCCCUCUUUCGUCUCCAAAGCGCUCGCCCAGCACGACGAAGUGAAAGGUGGCCCGAGCCCAGCAGAUAUCUCUACGGUCAAAUUGGCGGCAGUCUCACUUUACACUGGGGGUGCCGACACCACUGUGAGCACGAUGCAAUCCUUCUUCCUCGCCAUGGCUAUGCACCCCACCGUCCAAGCCAAAGCCCAUGCCGAGCUUGACGCUCUCCUCGGGCCCAAUCCAACCCGUCUGCCAACAUUCACCGACCGCGACCAACUCCCUUACAUCUCUCUUAUCGUCGAAGAAGCACAACGCUGGCACCCAGUAGCGCCCAUGGGCCUACCGCACCGCACUGACAAAGAGGACACUAUCGCCGGAUACCGCAUUCCCAAGGAUGCAGUUCUAAUGCCGACAAUAUGGUGGUACACGCGCGACGAAGCCUUUUACCAUGACCCAGAGACAUUCAAGCCGGAGAGGUUCGAGGAGCCUUAUAACGAGCCGUAUGCGACGAACGUGACGUUCGGGUUCGGGAGGAGGAGGUGUCCGGGACAUCUGUUCGCUGAUGCGAGCUUGUACCUCAUUAUGGCACAGGCACUUGCUGUGUUUGACAUCAAGCCUGGUGUUGAUGAUGAGGGGAAGGAGGUCAAGCUUACGCAUGGGUUCCAGCACGGCGUUAUUGGUAGACCCACGCCUUUCGAGGUCAGACUGUUGCCUAGAAGCGAGGCGCAUGGGGAGUUGAUCGGGAGUACUGUGGAGAAGCACGGAUGGAAGGAGAGCGGUGCUGCAGUCAUUCGGAAGAUGAUGGCUGAACGCGUCUGAUUAACUCUAAUAAGAUCUUUCAAUGGGAGGUUCUAUACAAUGCAGAGUUCAACGGUACAAGAG